AUGAACAUUUCGGCAGAAGAUGAUUUCAGGGUAUAUCGCGAUGCUGUGAAAUUAUGUGAGGAAUACGAAGAGAAGACAGAUGUCAACUUCGAACGGGUGAAAAAGACGCUCAUAGAAAUUGAGGCGUUGGCGAGGCACAUAGCGUUAGAAAAAGCCGAGAUUCGUUCCAUGGAAGAAGGAGUGCAUGUUCGUUUGAAAUCUCUUUAUAGCGAAUUUGGCUGUGACGAUAACAUCCGUGACAGCGACACCGUGGGCGAAGAGUCAGCACAAAAUGAAGUGGUGCUUCUCGAGUUCACCGUUGUAUUUAAGGAUGGUACACACUGCGAGGAUACCCAAGCGGAACUGAGGAAAAAACGCUUGAUGACAUGGAAUAAAAACACGAAAAAACUGGUGAACACUACUGAGGUGACAAGGUCUAUAACAGAGCGUACAACUGUAUCAGAAACUUUCAUACAGCCAGUCACCGAAGAAGAGUUCGUUUCCAUUCCAAAAUACUUAAAAGGGACCUGCAAGCAUAACGCGGUAAACGACAUUGUUAAAGCGUUGAACAAAGCCCUACAAAAAAAGUAUCGUUUGCUGGCGCUAGAUCGACGUAAACAAAGUAAGAAGAUUCGUGAUUUGAUACGCUCGUACGAAGAACAAGAAACGGACGAGUGCAGAGGCACUGUUUUCUGCACCGAUGCUAAUCUACGAGAACAGUGCGAAUCGGCGCAGUACGCGCGGAUUCGUACGGCUGUUUCUAUUCUUCGACACCUGCAGAAAGUGAGAGAAGUCCGCAUCAAAAGCAGUGUCAAUUACAUCGUCUUAAACCCUGCCUGCUAUUAG